GCCGAUAUCAUCUUUGUACAUGGUCUUGGUGGGCACAGUUACAAAACGUGGUCGAAAGACCACAAUAUCGAGUUUUUCUGGCCUGGGUCAUGGCUCCCAAACGACCCCAAAAUCCGAAAAGCCAGGCUGUUUACCUAUGGAUACCCUUCGCAAUUGCACGGUCCCAAGAGUGUGUCCAAUAUCAUGAGUUUUGCAAGGUCACUUUUGUUCGACAUGCGAUACAGCAGGAGCAACCAGGAACACAGCUUGAGAAUCGGGGACGCACCUAUCAUAUUUGUCGCUCACUCCAUGGGUGGUCUAGUCGUCAAGAAGACCUAUCUGAUGGCUCAGAAUGACCAAAAUUGUACACGAAUCGCCCGGUCGAUCAUGGGGAUUGUUUUUCUGUCGACGCCUCACCGGGGGUCAAAUCUCAGCCUUGUACUGAACCUCAUUCUGAAAGCCACGCUUCAGUCCAAAAAAUCCUUUAUCAAAGAACUUGAACGAAACUCUUCAGCCAUUGAAGAUAUCAAUGAUCAAUUCCGACAUGUGGCCCCGAAUCUUUCGAUCUUUUCUUUUUAUGAGGAGCAUCCCACCCUUGUACUGGGAAAUGCGCUAAUGAUUGUCCGCAAGGAUUCAGCUAUUUUGGGCUACACCAACGAGGAUUCAAGAGGUCUACCUGCCGACCAUCACACGAUCUGCAAAUUCGCCACCGAGGAAGCUCCGGAAUUCAGAAUAGUGAGGGACGCUUUGAAAGAUCUCGUGGAGAAGUUCGAGCGUAGCGCUCUCCGGACAUAUGAUGUCCAGGCUCUGAAUACCGGAAAAGAUAUCAAAAAGAUGCUGGAUCUCUCACGCACUCCUGCCGAGGAUUUCAUCACUCUCCGAAAACGCCGGGUGGCAGGAAGUUGCGAAUGGUUCUUACGGGAUCCUGGAACUCAGCAGUGGCUCACAAACCUCUCCGAUGCUCAUUUGAUAUGGUACAAUGCACCACCUGCUCAUGGGAAAUCCGUCCUCUCGAGCCAUGUCAUUCACCAUCUUCAAUCAAAUGGCUACCACUGUCAGUAUUAUUUCUUCAACUCUGGAGACCAGACGAGACGAUCAAUAGGGGGGAUGCUGAAGUCACUGGCGCAUCAAAUAUCUUCGAUUAUGCCUGACUACGAGGAAGAGAUACGCAUGACCAGUGCUGAAGGCACUCGCUUCGAUGGGGACGACUACCGCUUCCUGUGGCGGAUAUUAUUUGAGGAUCUCUUGUUCUCUAAAAGUUUCCCGCAUCCGCUCUUCUGGGUUAUAGAUGGCCUGGACGAAUCAGAGUCACCCCAGCUGGUUGUCGAACUGUUAGAAGAACUUCUCUCACAAGCACGGAUACAAAUGAAAGUCUUGAUCACUAGCCGGCGGACAGAAGCGCUUGCGCUGCAGUUCAAAAAGCUCGACCGCUUUCGAAAAGUCAACAUAAUCGACGGAGAAGGUCAGCUUCACAAUGACGAAGACAUCAAGCUACUCGUCGACAGGGAACUUGCAAAUCUGCAUGGAGACACAGCCAUUCGGGAACGACUUCGGCAAGAAAUCUUGAAACGGGCAAGGGGAAACUUUCUCUGGGUGAGUAUUGUGCUGGAAGAGCUGCACAAGUGCCAAACCGAAAGCGAGAUUCAGGCCACUUUGGAACAAAUACCUGAGAACUUCAAGGAAAUGUACUCACGAAUGCAACUUGCAAUUACGGAAAAUCCCAAUGGGCGACGGGUGAAAUUGGCAAAAGAGCUACUCCAGUGGGUGAUUUGUGUACCACGACCCUUGACCCUGGAUCAAUUACGGGACGCCAUCAGCAAAGAUUAUCCUGAUGUCCUGGAUCUGAAGAAGGCCGUUCGCGACGUCUGUGGCCAAUUCAUUCUCAUCGACAGCACGAACCAUGUAACGAUGAUCCACCAAACUGCGCGCGACUUUCUGACAAAUGCUCCCAAUAGGAUGAUUGAACUUAAUCGCAAAAGGGCUAACACCAGCGUCCUGAGAAAGAGCCUCUCCAGUCUCAGUAAACUAUCUAUCCGUGCUCUGGCCCUCGGUUCGAGAGAGAGCCUGUCGCUCCGAAAAGAGCUUGAAGCUCAGCACCCAUUCACACUUUACGUGGCGAACUCGUGGUUCUACUACCUUGGCUAUGCUGGUUCAGAUUCUCAGGAGGGCCUUGAUGCACUAGAAACGUUUUUCAGCCGCCCCCAUGUUCUCGAUUGGAUAUACGUUGUCGCGGUCCUAGACCAGAUCAGCACAUUGGCAAGGGCUGGAAAUGCUCUGUUGAAUUUCGUCACCAGCUCUCGCAAAAGCGAAAGAUCAACUUCUGCUCAGCUAAAUACCAUGGAACUCCUCGGAAACUGGGGGAUGGACCUGGUGAGGAUAGCAGCAAAAUUUAACAAACAUCUUAUAACACAGCCCUACGCCAUCUACGAGAUAAUUCCAGCAUUAUCUCCUUCGGCUUCUAUGAUCAGCCGCCAAUUCUACCAAUACAAGAACUCGAAGAUCACGGUAUCUGGUCAGGACGAGUCAUGGACAGACGUAAUUGCGCAUUUUUCACUUUCUCAAGACCAGACAAUUUUGAAGAUUGUGUCGUCCGGACCUCAUUUAGCAGUGUUCACACAAGGUGGUAUUGUACAUAUAUGGAGUUCGACCAGUUUCAAAGAGGUGUGCACGCUCCGUCAUGAUGAGCCCAUCAUAGAUAUGUGCUUGAACAACCGAGGCGACAUACUUGUGACCUACGGUUUGAGGACAACAAUCGUCUGGGACGUUCAUGCGGGCACCGUCCGACUUCAAGUGCCACACACAGGAAACAGCCGAGCCAGGUCGCUUACAUUUGCAAUGAAUGACCGGCGCAUCCUGGCUGCAACAGAUGACAGUUCGGUCAGGUUCUUGGAUAUAGCAGAAAGUGGAGCUACGUGGAAAGUUCUCGAUGCGUCCCUGCUCAAAGAGAAUCCUCAAUCUGACCUGGUCAUCAUCAAUAGUCCGAGUCGUAUGGUUUUCAACGCAACCGGAACACAAGUUGCAGUGUGCUAUAGGUCGUUUCCUCUCACAGUCUGGGACCUCAACAAGGCGACCCUCAUUAGUCGAUGCUUGAGACCCAUUGCCCGGGUUGAUUCAGAGUCGAUCUCUUCGCAAACUUGGUUUCCCGUGGAACUUCUCGACUGGAAUCCUGUCACCGGUCAUAUCAUCGGCUGGUACAAGGGCAACAAUCUUUUCAAAUGGCACCCUGUGACAGAUGAAAUCUAUGAAGUCUCUGCCUGUGUCGACGGGUUGGUCUCGAGUCCGAACGGGAAACAUUUUGUGACGAGUGACAGCGAUGGCGUUGUCAAACUCUGGGACUUUGCAUCUUUCACCGUAACUUACCAAAUCUCUUCAGGGGGCCUGGUCAGCGGGUUAUGCUUCAGCCCGGAUUCCGCGCGGUUUUAUGAUAUCCGGGGAUCUACUAUCACUGCAUGGGAGCCUAGUGGCUUGAAUCAGCUUGCAGAAUCAAAAGAAACUUUCAGCGACGCCGCCGGUGAGAAACAGCAAGAUGCAGUCAUUUCCCGCAUACGCCAGGCGAAUGCGCCACAAUCUCCAGGCCUUACCGCCCUCGCUGCAGCUCCAGAUGGCCUGUGGUACGUAACUGGACAUGAUGAUGGCCGAGUUUAUCUUGCGGAUGUCCGAGGCACAUUCCAGAUUGAACUAACAAGCUUCCCCGACUUUCAACACGUUGGUCAUCUCGUCUGGAGUCCUAGUGGCAGUAUCGUCGUUGCCGCCGAUCUUGGAGUUGACGUUCGCAUAAUGGAGAUCGACAACAUUAACUCGAGACAUCUCAAGCAAACGGAUGUUCGGCAUUUACAACGUCCAAGCUUGGCUCUUGAAGGCGGCUCGAUACAUCAGAUGCUAAUGGAUUUCUCAUCACGACUGCUUCUCGUCAUCAGCGAUGGCCUUGCUCAGAUAUGGGACAUUGUUAAUUGCAGAAUAAAUAGUUCUGCACUCAUAGACCGUGCUGCCCAACAGGGCUGGCUUGACCAUCCCACCAAUCAUGAAUUGUUCCUGGGAGUCGGGUCUGAACAUAUCGGGAUAUAUCAAUGGUCCACCUCACAGCAAAUGCACCAUUUCAAGAUCGGCGACGGAGUUUCAUCUUUGGUGAGACAGCCUGCCUCCAUCCCCUCACAGAACGACUCUGCCAACAGCGCACAAACAACCGAUCUGUCAAUCCUGGGACGGGAAAUCCUAACAAAAAUCAACAAAAUCAUGCUCACCCAAGAUGGCAAGCACAUUCUGGUACAUCUCAAGGAAUCCCUACCAAAAGAUGGAGUUCGCAAAAGGCUCCUUAUAUUAGAAGUGAGAGCGUUGGAUGCAGCUAUAGGCACGGGCAAGGGAGUUGCACUCGAAAAUGGAGAAAUUGCGGACGAUCUGGCGGAGAGACUUGAAAUGCCUUUGGGCGUUUUGCCGGGCCCUUUGCUGGUCUUUCUCGACCGAGACUUUUGGGUCUGCACCAUCAGCCUGCGUAAGCCAGGACGGAUGGAUUCGCUGACACGUCACUACUUCAUCCCCAGGGAUUGGACAAAGGCUGAAGAUCUCGUGCUAUGCACCAUGUUACGAGACGGGACACUGUUUUGCAUCCAGGAAGGCAGUAUCGUUGUAAUUAGAAGCAAUGUUGCUGGUAUCUCUGCUUGA